CUUUGUGUAGACAAUUCUUCUUUUAAGUACCACAUUGUCUUCAUUUUACUUUUUUAGCAUGCCAGAAGUUCGUUACGACAAUAAGAGUAGACAGAACCCAGUCUUGGCAAAUACAGAUUUUACUUGUAAAGUUAAUAUGAGACGAGCUCCUUAUAAACAUCUUGUUAAGUAUGCGUAUGCGUAUGCUUGAGCUUGCUGGUUGUCUUCCACACCAUCUGAUCGCAAGGAACGACGUUGACGUCCUUGGGGACCUAUGUUGGUGACGUUUUAGCGACCAUGUAGUCGCAACCGAGACCUUUCCUUGGGGUCAACGGAAUCUAUAUCAUAGCAACAUUUCAAAGGACGACUGCCUUUUUACUUAAACUAGAAAAAUUAAUCGCUCAUUCUUUAGUUGUCUCUCUCUUUCAUAUGACUACGUAACUUAUACUGUUAAGAUGUCUCAAAUCAAAUUGUAAAAAACUUCUUGGACGAAUUUAAUAGAGAGCACAUGGUAAUUAAUUGUAAUCGUAGAUAUGACUACCAAAUGUAUUUCUUCCAUAAAAUCUUUUAAAGAAUUACCAACUUUACCAACAUGGCCGAUUAUUGGACACGCGUAUUUGUUUCUUCCUGGAGGAAAAUAUAAGUCGGAGAGGCUGUCUGAAGCUGUCGAGGAUUUAAAAGAGAUACUAGGACCCAUAUUUAGGCUCAGAUUAGGUGGAACUGAUAUGGUUAUUACAACUGACGCAGAUCAUACGGAAAUUUUAUUUAGAAAUGAGGGUAAAUUACCUUCUCGUCCACCAUUUCCCGCAUUGUUACAUUACAGGAAAGAGGCCUUCAAUAGUAUUGGAAUAGUACCCGGAAAUGGUAAAGAGUGGUACCGAUUUAGAAGUUAUGUCUUGCCGCUUUUGAAGAAAAAUUUGGUACAAUCUUAUCAAGCUAAACACGACGCUAUAGCUUCGACUUUUGUAGAUUAUAUUAAGAAACAUCGAACAGAAAACAGAACAAUGGAAGACUUGUAUAAACACUUGCUGAAAUUUUCAAUUGAAGCAAUUUCAAUUACUUCACCCGGAAAACGAUUUCACUGUCUACUUGAAAACACAGUAGAAACAGAACAAAUAAUAAAAGCCAGCAUUGGAUUCAUGGACGGAUUAUACAAAACAUUUAUAGGGCCUCCUAUUUGGAAACUGUACAAAACCAAUGCUUACAAACAGUUAGAGUUCUCUCACGAAACAAUAUACGGAGUAAUAAAGGAUACUCUCGAAGACAUGAAACACCAACAGCAGAAAGAUCCUGAAACUCUUCUGAAGCAGAAUCCUUUCAUGUAUUCGUUAUUAAACAACAAAGCUAUGAAUUGGAAUGAUAUAAUAAUGGUAGCCCUCGAGAUAUUUUUGGGAGGGCUUGAUGCUACCUCUGCAACCCUUGCUUUAACUUUGCAUUAUUUGGCCCACAAUAAAAAAGCACAAUCUAGAGCAAGAGAAGAAGUUUUACAGUCUCAACAAGAAUAUAAAUAUUUGAAAGCUUGUUUAAAGGAAACAUUAAGACUGAAACCUACAGCUGGAGCUAAUAGUAGAUUUUUGGCCAAUGAUACUGUAAUUGAGGGAUUUGAGGUACCUUCUGGGACGUUAGUAACAGCGUUUUCGUCAAUAACUUCGACUGAUGCAAAGUAUUUCGAUAAUCCGAAGUCCUACGUACCUGAAAGGUGGCUUAGGGAUCAUAGACGAAAUAUUCAUCCAUUUGCUUCCCUCCCUUUCGGAUAUGGACCCAGGAUGUGUCCCGGAAGACGACUGGCUGAGCAAGAAAUGAUUACUUUAUUAAAGAACGUUCUACUUAAUUUUGAAAUUACUUCCCUCGAAAGUCCAGAAAUUGGUAUGAUAUAUCGUAUGAACAGAAUUCCAGAUAGACCAAUAAAUAUACAAUUUCUGGACUUAAAACUAUAAUUCAUUUUUGAAUUCCUUAUGCAUGUUUAAUUUUGGAGAAUAUCUUAAGUAUCAUUAAUGAAUAAAUCACAGUGAUUAAUAAAAGAAAGGCUUAAUACAAAUUGCUAAAUAUUUAUUCUCAAUUUGCAAUCAUACAUAUUUAAUAAUAAUUAUAUUUCGAUAUACAAUUUGAUAUUUACAUUUCAAUCUGAUAUUUAAAUUUUGUACAAUAAAAUUUCAUUAAAGCUUGCGAGACAAUGAUUAACACUUUUCACUUAUUUUACUUGGAAAACUCAAUUUCUAGAACACUUUUGCCUGAAAUCAGUUUCCUAAAUCUAUAUAUUUGCAGUAGUAAAAAAUUCUAAAUACUACGCAUGUGGUGUUUUACAAGACCUGAACUAAUUGAAACCUUUCAGGCAAUUGUGUCUUAAUUUUUAUCAUGCCAUUGCUAUUGUCGCUCAUUUUUA